GGACUUCCGGUUAUCUAGUUGCCUAAACCUGAGGCCUAAACCAUGCCUAAACAUACUACUAAAGUAGUAAAGAUUUCAAGGGAAUUUUUACUUAUGACAAGGUGAGAGCACUGGAGUGAUUCAUGCGUGCAACAUCAACUUGACUCUUCAGCAUCCUGAUACACUGCGUCGUUAGAUGACAGGUCUACCAGACUUAACAAGCUAUCAAGCAUGACAACCGUGCAAGCUAGUGUACAAGAUUUUUCAGGAAAACAAGUCUUAUAAGAAGUCUGGAAGAUUCAGGGCAGAUUGAGCUACAUACAUUAUGAAUAUAGCAUUGUAGAGCUCAAAUUCAAGAGAUAUGCAUCAAACUGUGGAAUUGUCAAGCGCAACGCCGGGUAGUUCCACCAGCUCCUCACCCAAUGAAGAGACGAAUCUUACAGUAGGAUUACAUCGGCACCUGUCGAGGAAACCCGAAACAUAUUUUGAUGAGAAAGUCCCCAUACCCGAUGCGGAAAGCACUAAGUUUAGUUUCCGGAAGCUUUGGGCCUUUACUGGACCGGGAUUCCUGAUGAGCAUAGCUUACCUGGAUCCAGGAAACAUUGAGUCGGAUCUGCGCUCUGGAUCUGUUGCACAGUUUAAGCUGCUAUGGGUGCUGCUGUCAGCUCACAUAGUGGGGCUGGUCCUGCAGCGGCUAUCCGCUCGGCUGGGCACGGUCACUGGAAUGCAUCUUGCAGAGGUCUGCAACAGGGAGUACCCAAAGUUGCCGCGAAUAAUACUGUGGAUAAUGGUAGAGAUCGCAAUCAUUGGCUCUGACAUGCAAGAGGUGAUUGGCACGGCCAUCGCCCUGUUUCUGCUGUCUAGUGGAAAGAUACCACUGUAUGGAGGAGUUAUUAUAACCAUCCUUGAUACCUUCACGUUUCUUCUGUUAGACAAGUAUGGCUUGCGGAAACUAGAGGCAUUUUUUGGAUUUCUCAUCAUAACUAUGGCUAUAACAUUUGGAUAUGAGUAUGUCAUCAGUGCACCAGACCAAAAAGCUGUCCUAGCAGGAUUAUUUAUUCCGUACUGCAAGGAUUGCAAUUACAAUGCGCUGCUGCAGGCUGUAGGCAUAGUCGGGGCAGUCAUUAUGCCUCAUAACCUCUACCUACACUCCGCUCUCGUUAAGUCUAGAGAUGUGGAUCGGAGCAAGCACGAGGAGGUCAAACAAGCGAACAUGUACUUUUUCAUCGAAGCUACGAUUGCUCUAUUCUGCUCAUUCCUCAUCAACCUCUUUGUUGUCUCGGUCUUUGCACAGGGAUUAUAUGCGAAAACCAACAUUGAAAUACGCAACGUCUGUUUAGCAAACGAUGACCAGAACUAUCACUUAUUUGAUAACAGCACGGAACCGGUAUCAGCUGAUAUAUACAUAGGGGGAGUGUUUUUAGGUUGCCAGUUUGGAGCAGCUGCGUUGUACAUCUGGGGUAUUGGUAUCCUGGCAGCAGGUCAAAGCUCCACAAUGACUGGAACCUACGCUGGGCAAUUUGUCAUGGAGGGAUUUCUGGACCUUCACUGGGCACGGUGGAAGCGUGUCCUGCUCACUCGUUCCAUCGCAAUCCUGCCCACUGUGUUUGUAGCCGUAUAUCGAGAAAUCACUGAUCUUACCGGAAUGAACGACAUCCUGAAUGUACUGCAGAGUAUGCAGCUGCCCUUUGCGCUAAUACCUGUGUUGACCUUCACAAGCUCUGCAGCUCUGAUGAAGGACUUUAAAAAUGGAGUGAGUCUGAAAGCGUUCACAGUGAUUUUAGCACUAGUGGUGUUAGGGAUAAAUGCAUUCUUCGUCUUUGUGUACGUGAAGGAUGUGUUACCACACAGCUGGCUCACAUAUGUUCUAGUGACAAUUGCUGCACUUCUCUACUUGGUGUUCAUAGGUUAUCUGGCACUAUUCUUGUUGGUCUCACUUGGAGUCACACGGGUACCGUUCAUGUCAACACGUGAGAGGUACAAUUUGGAAGAUACAUUUGGAGUAGCUGAGAUUGAUUUCUAUAAUACCCCGGCACCGUCAUCUGCCAACCUACCUGUAGAUUACCCGACUGGUGUUGCUGACAAAAGUGAGGACUAAAGUGAAGGGCUAGUAGAAUAGACAACAUAAAACUAUGCU